AUGGUGUCGGAACAUCCAAACUCAAGUCCAACGAUGGGGGAUCAGUCGAUUCCAGCCCAAGAUGGCAACCAAUCUCAGAAAAUCACGCCAAAAAUGCUAUGGCUCUCAAUCUGUGUCUCAUCCGCUGCAUGGAUAGCUGAAUUCGACAUCGGUUACUCGGGCAUUGUUCUGAUUAUGCCCUCUUAUCAAAAAGCGUUUGGCCACUGCAGCCACCAGCCCGACCCAGUGACCGGAGACAUGAUCGAAAAAUGUGUGCUGUCCACCAUACGCCAAUCUCUCAUCAGUAUUGCUAUACUAUUUAUGGCUGUCGGUGGCGCCUUGGCUGGUCUCUUUGGCUCAAUACUCGGUCGCAGAGCAACUAUACAGAUUGCUUGCCUGUUCUGUAUCAUCGGAGCCGCCGGCAUGCUGGGUACAUCUGGCAACUUUUUGAACUACAUGGUGUGUAAAUGUAUCAAUGGGGUUGGGAUAGGCCAGCUUCUUGCUUCAAGUAUUGUCUACGGCUCGGAAUGUGUGGUCGCAAGCAAGCGUGGCCUUCUACUUGGUAUCUAUAACAUUGGACUUGCGAUGGGGAGUGUCGCAGCGGCAGCUGUAUGCGCUGGGUCUGCUACCCUACCACCACAAAAUGAUUGGCAAUGGAAAACACCAAUCAUCUGUCAAAUACCAUUGGGGAUCAUCCUUGGCCUUGGGGUGAUGCUUUUCCCUGAGUCACCACGUUGGUUACUGCUAAAGGGAAAACAAGAACAAGCGCGGAUGUCAUUUGCAACGUUUCAAAAUGUAAUGGAUCCACAUUCAGUCGAAAUAACAGCACAAGUGGAAGAUGUAAAAAAGCAUCUUGAAUUUGAAAAAUCACUGGAUGCUACUACUUCCUGGCUUGAUCUUUAUCGCGGCACCAACCUUCGACGAACAGCAGUGUCGGCGUUCAUUCUUAUUGGCCUCGCUAUCUCAGGAGCUCAGUUCGUGGGUCCAUAUGCUGCCCUAUUUCUCAGCGGCGUGGGAAUCAAAAACCCGUACCUAAUCAAUGCAAUUGUCGGCCUUUGCAUUCUCGGUGGUGCUCUGAUCGGCCCUUUCGCUCUGGAUCACGGGGGAAGAAGAUUCUCAAUGUUAUUCGGAUGGACAGCUAUGGCCGCUUGCAUGCUCAUAUUAUCUUCUGUCAGUACAGCAUUGGGAGAACACAACCCGACAUCCCAGACGGUUGUGGUUGUAUUCCUCUGUAUCUGGGCUUUUAUAUUUGGCGGAUUCAUUGGACCGAGCGUUUGGCUUGCAUCUGCUGAAAUGCACAGUGUUCGAAUGCGCACAAUUGGGCAGGCCAACACGACAUUUCUCUAUGAGAUUUUUAGCUUUGGUGCCACAUUCUGGACGCCUUAUAUGCUGAAUGUGAAAUAUGGGAAUAUGGGUUCGGAUGUGGGGUACUUUUACUGCGGCGUAACUGUUGGAGUUACGAUUCUUGUGUUUUUGUUUGUGCCGGAAACGUCGAGACUGACACUGGAACAAAUUGAUGACUUAUUUGUGUCUGGGAAGAAGGCUUGGAAGAAUUCAACGAAAAGAAAUAUUGCAAUUUCUCGUGGUCAGUGUUUGAAUUUGUCGAAAACGGAGCAUGAAGCUUUGGUUACUGGGGUGCUUCAGGAUUCAUCUGCUGGAACGCCACCAACUGAGUCCUCGACCAGUAUUGAAUAG